CACCAACUCACCCAUUAUCAAAACCCCCCCAAGUACAUCUCAUCUGGUCUCAUGCUCUCACAUCCUCCCACCUGAAAUCGGAACUUGAAGUCCCUUCCGCUCUCCGCCAGCAUAUGCGGCGGAUGUUCAGUGCGAUGCCGAGGAGGAAGAGCUCGAGAGUCGCCGACGAAGCCAUGCUGGGUCGCGGGGACCAAGCCGACCUACCGAUCUUCGCGCGGGAACUGGACGGGCGGUCGUCACGGGGUUGGAGAGGGCUCCCGGUGUUGUUCUACGGCAUCAUUCGCGCCACGGUUUCGAUCGUCUCUUGCGUCUCUCCUCCCCAUGCGAAUGGGGCUGAUGGGGUGUGGGUGUCCGGUCAUGAAUUCGGCCAUCAAGCAUCAGAGAUGAAUCAUCUCAUAGUGAGUGACAGCAUGCGGUAUGCACUCUUGAUGUAGUGCCUAAGUUUGAGUGGGUGGGUCAAUGUAUAGAGAGCCUUCUAGGCAAGAUAUGUUGUUGUUUAGUUACCUUCUUAUCUUUUUUCCAAAAAGAACAAGAAAAAAGAAAAAUCUCCUUCAUCUAUACACUGAGCUGGAUUCACUUGUGCAUAAUCAAUUAGAGAGUAUCGGUUGUUC